AUAUAUAGUAUAUAUUAUAUACCACUCAUACAUACAUAUAUAGCUCAACCAAACACAUAGACAGACAGUAGUACUAAAUACCAGUUAAUUGUGUCACAAAUUGUUUGUGUGUUUGUUGUCAACAAUAAUAAUAUAAAAAAAUUGUAUUUAAAUUCAAUUAUAAUAACAUAUCAAUCAAUCAAUUAAAACACGUGUUUCUCUCCCACCGCGAAAAAACUGUGUGUUUUGUAUAUGUAUUGAUUGGACACCCGAUUGUUGGCCAGAGAUUAGGUGUGUGUUAGGAGUGUUGAGAGAGAGAGAGAGAGCACCUGUAAGUGUCGCUAAAUAUUAAGGAUAGAGUACUGGCGUUAAGCUCGGCGGCGGCGGCGACGACAGCGACAGCAGCACUAGUAGUGGCCUCUGAAGAGAUGUCGUCAUCGGAAGAGGUUUCAUGGAUUUCCUGGUUUUGCGGACUCCGUGGCAAUGAAUACUAUUGCGAAGUCGACGAAGACUACAUACACGACAAGUUCAAUCUGACCGGUCUAUCGGAGUCUGUACCGCACUAUCGUCAGGCGUUGGACAUGAUUUUGGAUUUAGAACCGGAUGAAGAACUCGAGGAAAAUCCCAAUCAGUCGGAACUCAUUGAACAGGCGGCCGAAAUGUUGUACGGCCUAAUACACGCCCGAUUCAUACUGACCAAUCGCGGUAUUGCCGCCAUGAUUGACAAGUAUCAGAACGGCGAUUUUGGUUACUGUCCCCGUGUGUAUUGCGAAAAUCAACCGAUGCUACCGAUAGGACUAUCCGAUUUACCCGGCGAAGCAAUGGUCAAACUAUAUUGUCCAAAAUGUAUGGACAUAUAUAAUCCGAAAAGUUCGCGCCAUCAUCAUACCGACGGCGCCUAUUUUGGUAGCGGUUUUCCCCAUAUGUUGUUUAUGGUUCAUCCGGAAUAUCGGCCGAAACGUCCGGUCAAUCAAUUCUAUCCGCGUCUCUACGGCUUUAAGGUUCAUCCGCUGGCCUAUCAACUGCAACAACAGGCGGCCAACUCGUUCAAGACGCCCGUCCGGCCACUGGGCUAUAAUAAUGGCAAACGAAACUAAACCAUCAAAAAAAAACAACACUUACCGAUAAUUUUGUUGUUGUUUUGUUGGUCUCUUAUCGGGAAAUUAAUCAAUCAAUCAACCAAUCAAUUGAUUAUAUCAUUUGACGACAACUAUACAGACUAUACCUAUAUUGACGACUAAAUUAAUUAAUUAAAACAAACAAAAAAAAUAAAUAAAUAA